AUGUGUGGGCAGAAGGACAAGCGCAGCAGCAAACUGGAAGAUAACCGCUCUCCAGACACACAGGCAGAGAUGGGCAACCAAUACAGAUACACGAGACAGGACCAACUGAGGAAGAGAGAGCGAGCUCAAGCAGAGGACCGACAGGUGCUACGGAGCUUGAUACCCCACGGGGCUUCCACUGGUGUGACCUCGGCCGCCGCCCCCGCCAUAACCCACUUCACACUCGCCAAGUUGGGACCAGAGGAUGACCCAGAGGCAUUUGUGGAGCUGUUUGAGCUUGUGAUGGAAGCAGCAGAAUGGCCAGAGUCCCAGUGGGCGGUCCGCCUGCUGCCACUGCUGUCAGGAGAUGUGCAACUGGCAGCCCAACAACUACCCGUUGCCAACCUCCUGGGGUAUCAGGACUUAAAAUGUGCCAUCUUGCAACUGGUCGGCCGUAGAGCAGCACGGCCUGCCUUUGCCCAACAGCUCCGUGACUCCUGCCGGCGGUGGCUGCUGGCAGCAGAAUGCAACGUUGUUGCUGUAGUUGACCUGGUGGUGCUGAAGCAGCUGAUCAACCGACUACCGAAAGGGAUGGCAGAAUGGGUUCAGUGCCUCCACCCGGCUUCUCUGGAUGAGGCGAUCCAGAUGGCAGAGGACAAUAUGGCGGCGUAUUCGGGGGCCGCACAAGAGGACCAGAAGUCUUUGUUAGCAGAAUAUAGAGGGGCGAAAUGGACUUACAAUGGACCUUAUGGAGAGCACCACUGGUCCACGCAUUACCCAUUCUGUGGAGGGGCGUUCCAGUCACCUAUUGAUUUCCAAACACAGCUGCUAAGAUACGAUCCAAACUUGCCGCCAAUCCAGAUCCAGAACUACAACCUAUCAACCAAUGAGCAGCUUACUCUCGGCAACAACGGACACUCUGUGCAGCUGUCUUUACCCUCUCACAUGUACAUCUCCAGCCUGUCUCACAGAUAUUCAGCAGCUCAGCUUCACUUCCACUGGGGCUCCUCCAAUCUACUAACGGGAUCAGAACACACUGUCAAUGGGAAGCGAUUUGCUGCAGAGAUGCAUGUGGUUCACUUUAAUUCUGACAAGUACCCCAGCAUCUCAGUGGCAGUGGACAAGCAAGAUGGACUGGCUGUGCUGGGAGUUUUCAUUGAGAUUGGAGAGUCUAACCCUGCUCUUGACAAAUUCCUCAAAUACAUCAGUGGGAUAAAGUACAGAGAUCAGAAAAUACAGGUUCCAGCCUUUAACAUCCGUGAGCUAUUGCCAGCCCGACUGGACGAGUAUUACCGCUAUGAUGGUUCUCUGACCACGCCACCCUGCUAUCCCAGCGUGCUAUGGACCGUGUUUAGGAAACCAGUUACCAUUUCACGCAAACAGUUUUUGGCAUUGGCCACUUCUCUGUAUGCCUCAUAUGCACAAGAAUCUGCUCCUGUGCUUCUUCACGGAAAUUACCGAAAGCCACAACUAACAGACAACAGAGUAAUAUUGGUCUCCUUCAAAGAUGGACUUCAUGAUAUUCUUUCAGUGGCGUCCCCCUUUCAGAGAAGGCAAGUCAUCCAGAAGCUUCUGGUAUGUGACCUUGCAGAUCUGGCUGAUGAGGGACUCUACCAGCUUCUACCGAAGAUGAAUCACAAGCCUGGAGUGGAUAUUAAGUUGAAGAACAUCAAGAAACUCUGGAGCCAGGCCACUCAGAAACAACAUUGGCCGAAGAACAAGGCUCCAAGCAGCACUGCUGGGAAUAACAUGCCUGCAAGUCCUUAUAUGAGCACACUUUAUAUGAAUAAAGUGCUGUGUUUUGAAUCCCUGGAGAAGAAUAUAAUUCAUCAGCUACAGAGAUGUCAGGCCAUGGGUCAGAUGGUCCAAGCUUUGAGAGAAGUCGUCUUCCCUGAGUUGAACCUUAAGAGUUAUUUGGACUGCAGGUCUGACCUAGAUCUCGAGGCCAUGAGGCAACUUGUACAAGGAAGACCAAGGGAUGAAGCCGCUGAGCUUGAACAAUCACUGGCCAAAGCCAUGCAAAGACAGAUGAAGAGGCAAAUCAAGCGGCAAAGAAACCCAAACCUAAAAAGCAUCACAGGGCAUCCUCAAGCCAUGAUCCUCAAGAACUACAACUUGGCAUCUUCUUACCACAGACCUCAACUACGUAACCAAGAAACAAAUUACCUAUGGAUUUCUCUAUUUAGAGAUUGUGUCCUGGCCACAGUAUUAGUGGCAGCCAUGCUAGGAUUUCUACUGAUUAUUACACUAGUUUGCUGUCUUUUGAGAAAAAGAUCUACAAGUGAAGAGCAAAAAGAUACAGCCAAUGGAUACAAGCUGGCUAAGAAAGAAGAAAAUAUCUCCACAGUAUAACUCAUGUACUCCACAUCUGACUAAACCUGAGCAACAAACUGUUUUAAACUUAAGCUUUGAAAGUUCACAUGGAGCCGAUCCAUUUAAAUAAGCACAGCAUGCAUAUUUCCGUAAAGGGAAAGUUCUGUCGUCAUAUACUCACCCUCAUGUCUUCCAAACCUGCAUGAAUUUUUCUUUUGCAUGGAACAGAAACGUAGAUGUUAUCUAAGAGUAUAUACAAGCUGCACUUUUCAGUACAAUGAACGUCUGUGCGACAGCAGUCCCCAUCUAUUUUAAUUUUUUGAAAAAGGACAUAUCUUCUUUUUUUGUGCUGUACUUUACCAAAAUACUCAGACUUGC